ACAGUUUGAUGCAGCAUAAUAGAACAAUGAAGCUGUUUCUGGUAGUCCUCGGAGUCACUGCGGCUUUAGCUGCCCCUCCCCAGUUCCAAGAGAUCGUUACCGACUACCAUGGGCAGAUCGGUAUUCCUGAGGCCGCACGCAUCAAGGCCGCCGAGGCUGCCUCUGAUUUCGACGGCUCCAGAAUAGCUGGAGGAUCCCUGGCCAGCCUUGGACAGUUUCCAUACUUUGGAGGCCUACUUGUCACUUUGACCACCGGUGGACAAUCCGUUUGUGGAUCCUCUCUCGUUACUACCAAUCGCGCUGUGACAGCUGCUCACUGCUGGCGUACGGAGCGCCACCAAGGAAGAAGUUCUAUCAUAGUUCUUGGCUCUCAACUGCUGUUCUCAGGCGGUGUCCGUAUCACUUCUAGCAACUUUAUUUUGCACGAAAGCUACAACAUGCAAGCUCUCCAUAACGACGUGGCUGUCAUUGUCCUUCCCAACGUGAACACCAAUAAUGUGAUUCGUCCUAUUAACCUCGCGAGUGGCAACAACGCCUUCGUUGGAGUGCAAGCGCAGGCCUGUGGUUUCGGAAGAACUGGUGACUCUUGGUCGGGAGGAAUCACUACCAGCCAGCAAUUGAGGCAUGUCACCCUUCCUGUCAUCUCUAAUGCGGACUGCGCUGCAGUUUACGGUUCCGGUCCCGUCAUUUCCUCCACUAUCUGUGUCUCUGGAGGUAACGGCCGCAGUACUUGUGGAGGUGACUCUGGUGGUCCUCUUGUGGCCAACAACCAACUGAUUGGUAUUACAUCUUUCGGUGCCGCCGCCGGUUGUCAACGAGGUUUCCCUGCUGGUUUCGCUAGGGUAACAUCAUUCAACUCUUGGAUCAGCGCUCGUUUAUCAGCAGCUAUGAAACUGUUCUUGGUAGUCCUCGGAGUCACAGCAGCGCUGGCUGCUCCGCCAUUGCAAUAUGAGCCCAUAGUUACUGACUACCAUGGACAAAUUGGUAUCCCGGAGGCUGCCCGCAUCAAGGCCUCCGAAGAAGCCAUGGACUUCGACGGCUCUAGAAUUGUCGGUGGAAGCACUGCAAGCCUUGGACAGUUCCCCUUUUUUGGUGGUUUACUUGUCAACUUAGUAGGUGGCGGUCAAUCGGUUUGCGGUUCUACUCUCAUCAGCAGCAACAGAGUGCUGACAGCUGCCCACUGCUGGCAAACAAGGCAGUUCCGAGGCUCAUCGCUCAUUGUAGUGCUUGGAUCUAUUCGUCUCUUCUCUGGCGGAGUUCGUAUCAGCAGCAACCGCGUUCAAAUGCACGGCUCAUACAAUAUGGACUCUCUCGUAAAUGAUAUCGCCGUCAUUACUAUCCAGAACGUUGGUUUCAACAACAACAUCCGGAGCAUCAACCUGGCCUCAGGAAGCAACCAGUUUGCCGGAUCAACAGCUAGAGCUAUUGGCUUCGGAAGAACCGGUGACUCAAGCUCGGGAGGUAUUACAAACAGCCAGGUGCUGAGACACGUCACCCUGCCCGUGAUAACUAACCAGGAGUGUGCCCGGGUCUACGGCUCCAGAACCGUCGUCGCCUCUACUAUCUGCGUAGCCGGUUCCAGCCGCAACAUUUGCAGCGGUGACUCUGGCGGUCCCCUUACCCUCAACAAUGCAGUGAUUGGAGUGACAUCCUUCGGUGCGGCUGCUGGUUGCGAACGUGGUUUACCAUCUGGUUUCGCAAGAGUCACCUCAUUCAACUCCUGGAUUCGUUCGCGAAUGUAAAUUCUACAUUAAACGAUUCAAUUGAAGAAUGACUAAAUAAAACAUUUAUCACAAAU